AAGGCAUCAAUUUUUUCGUACAUCUAACAGCUUUGUCCGUACAAGGCUGCACGCCCAUCGCGCAGAUAAGGCCACUGAGGAAAGAAAAGAAACGACUUGUCGGACUGUCCUGGUGACAUGCGGUCUGCUGAGCGAUGAAGUGCAGAGGAACGUCUAUUUGGCGGUGAUUGGAAAAUUUUUCCUUUAUAUAAAGAGACGAUAGCUCUCUCUGGAGUAAGUAGCGUGACGUUCAGUAAGGAGCAUUGUAUCCAGUGUGUGCUUCUGUGCUGAUCUCUGCUAUAGUGGUCGGGUUUCAAGUCGUUUAUUCCACAAACUACCAAUUUGCCUGAAAUGUCAUCGUCACCGGACAUGAAAUUACAAGACCUUGAGAAGGUCGCAACGUCGUCGAUGAACGACGACGAGGUGAGCUACCUUGGAGACCAAACGCAUGGCCAAUCGUCGGAUACAAAGCUGUCCUGGAUCAACCAGAUUGCCGCCUCGCUCAAUGCGGAGACAACAGGUAUUGAGAGAGUCACUGAAGACCAGAGAAACCCAAAGGAAGGUGUGUUCUCGUCUGCGACCAUGUGGUUCUCGGCCAACUUGGUCAUUGCCUCGAUGUCCCUUGGUAUGCUUGGUCAGGCCGUGUGGGCAAUCUCCUUCUGGCAAUCAGUGUUUGUCAUUAUCUUCUUCAAUAUCCUCGGUCUUUUGCCCGUGGCCUUCUUUUCAUGUUUCGGUCCAGAGUUUGGUCUCAGACAGAUGGUCCUUUCCCGUUACCUUACUGGUGUCUUCGCUGCUAGAAUCUUUGCCCUGAUCACCGCCAUCGCAUGUGUCGGUUGGGGUGCCGUGAACAUCAUGGUUUCUGCCCAGUUGCUUAAUAUGGUGAACAAGCCUCACUCUCUGCCUCCAUGGGCGGGUUGUCUGGUACUUGUUGUGUCCACCAUCAUCGUCUCCAUGUUCGGUUACAAGGUGGUGCACGCGUAUGAGAAAUGGGCCUGGAUUCCAAAUCUGGCUGUCUUCAUCGUCUUCAUUGUUCAAAUGGCUAGAUCCGGUAACUUUACAGGUGGUGGUUUCCCAGGUGGUCAAGCAACUGCAGCCGGUGUUCUUUCGUUUGGUGGUGCGAUCUACGGUUUUGCCACUGGCUGGACAACCUACGCAGCUGAUUACACCGUCUUCGUCAGAAAAGGUUACCCAAAAAGAGUGAUCUUCUUUGGUUUGUGUGCCGGUCUCUUCAUCCCAUUGGUGUUCACUCAAGUCUUGGGUGCCGCUGUUUACUCCGGUACCUAUAAAGAUGACACCUGGGCUAACUACUACUCUGAGUACCAAGCCGGUGGAUUGAUGUUCGCAGUGCUCUCAGUGAACUCCCUUGGUGGGUUUGGCCAAUUCUGCUCGGUGUUGCUUGCCAUGUCCACUGUGGCCAACAACAUUCCAAACAUGUACACCAUUGCAUUGUGUACCCAAUCAUUCUGGUCACCAUUGGCUAAAGUGCCAAGAGUCGUUUGGACCCUUGUUGGUAACUGUCUGACAUUGGUCAUCUGUAUCCCAGCGUACUACCACUUCGAGACCGUUAUGGAUAACUUUAUGAACUUGAUCGGCUACUACUUGGCCAUCUACGAGGCCAUUUCCCUUUCCGAGCACUUCAUCUAUAGAAGGGGAUUCAAGGGCUAUGACGUCACCAUCUGGAACGAUAAGUCUCAAUUGCCAAUCGGUAUCGCUGGUACAAUUGGCUUCUGCUUCGGUGUCUUUGGUGCAGUUAUGGGCAUGGACCAGGUCUGGUUCCUUGGACCAGUUGGUAAAUUGAUCAACGAAGGUGGUCCAUACGGUGGUGCCGAUAUCGGGUUCGAACUGGCGGCUGCUUUCGCCUUCGUCGCCUACAACGUGUCCCGUCCAUUCGAAUUGAAAUACUUUGGACGUUAGAAAGGGAUG